AUUAAAAGUGCAUAAAUACAAAACUUACAGGUGAAAAAUUGUGUAAGGAAGAAACUUAAAAAAAAUAAAAAUGUUAAAAUUUCUACAUUUGUUAGUAAUACCUGUCGUUGUAAAUAUCACCCUGGUGGAAGCAAUUACACGUGAAAAGAAUUAUGCAUCUCUAAUUUCAUCGAUAUGUUCUUUGUACGAUGCAUCUUCUGUAAUUAUUAUUCGAAAUCAUCCAACGGAAGACAUUAACUUACUAUCAAAAGUCAUGAAGGAACUUUCCAUUCUUGGCAUAUCAUCACAGGCGACAAAUUUUCAGCAUGUUUCCAAACUGAACAAUUAUCAGGCAAAGUAUCUAAAAAAGCAAUUGUAUGUUCUUAUUCUUGCAACUGUUGAAUCAGUCCGUGACUUGGAAAACUACACCCAAGAUAUACAUGUAUCAGAAAUUUCGUGGUUCAUUAUUUUUAAAAAAUGGGGAGAAGAGAAACCACUGGAGGAAUAUUGCUCGAAUCCUCGGGGCAAUCCACUGAACUUGAGAUUUGACACAAGGAUGAUAGUGAAAUGCUACGACGAUCCAAUUCUUCGCGAGUGGCACUCUCUCUACAAGAACGAUACCCAAAUUUUUGACAUCGCCACUUGGAACCAAACACACGGUUUCAAACUCUUAACAAAGGAUAAAUUUCUCUAUUCUCGAAGAAAUAAUGUCGGUGGAAUAACUUUACGCGUGAGUUCAAUAAAUAAUUCAGCAACAGUUGGAGAUGAUAAAAAUAUAGAUGGUUUUUAUAGUAAGGUAUUCGACAGUAUCUCGAAGACAAUAAACUUUAAGUACAAUGUAACUAUCAUAAAAUCUGGUGGCAGUAAAUGGAAUGAGACAGGUGGUGUUAUAAAUGAAUUGUACAAGAACAAAACUGACAUUGCACUUGCUAGUUUGGUAAUGACGAAGGGUAGAUUAAGCUACGUGGAUUUUGCCUCGCCAAUAAGCACAACGCCUCUUGUUCUCUGCAUUAAAGAAACAAACAUUAAAAGACAAUGUUUGGAAUACUUUAAGACCUUUCAUUAUCAUAUUUGGAUGGUGAUUUUAUUGUUUAUUCUCACGGUGCCUACAAUUUUGACAAUAAUUAAUGUCUAUGAAAAUCGUGAUGAAUUUUACAAUUGGAGGAAUCAUCUUCAGGAUAAUUUCUUUAAUGUUUGGAGAAUGUUUUGUCUUCAAGGAGCAACGGACUUUCCAAAAGACGACACCUUGAGAACGACUUGGUUUACAAUGUUUGCAACAGCAUUGAUAAUUUCUUUAAUCUACUCUGGAUCGCUAAUUAAUUAUUUAACAAUAAACUCAUCUGUUCCUGUAUUCACGUCUCUUGACAACUUCAUAAAAGAUGGUACUUACAAAUUGGUGGUUAUAAAAAACAAAUUUUUACAUCAUGAAAUACAGAAUAAAUCAUCCAAGAAUGAAGUACUACUGCAAUUAAGAAAAUUUUUAAAACACAGCAAUGAAUUACCAAUGAAUGAAUUUGAUGCUUUUACGCAGAUGUGUAACAGUAGAACUGCAUUUCUUACCACCAAAGAAGCAGUACUAACCACAAAUGUAUCUUUGUACUGUAAAUGUAAAUUAUUUGAACUUACAGAAGCACCUAAAUAUAUUUCAUUCGCUUUAACGAAGCGCAAUCCUUAUCUAGACAUUAUCAAUUAUCAAAUCAUUCGUCUAUCAACUACUGGUAAUUUACAGUACUUAAGGAACACUUUGCAAAAAGUAGAUAAUCAUCAUCUCAAUCAUCAGCAUUAUGAAAAAGAUGAGAAUUUCGAUACUUCUGGUAUUGUAUUAAUUUCUCAAAUUAUUGUAACGGGCAUUGCCGUGAGCUUUUUAAUAUUUUUUAUCGAAAUCACAUACAAUAUGUAUAACAAGAAGAAGAAUUCACAAAAAUUCUUUAAAAAAUUAAAACUGCUACCAGCAAAAUUAAGAGUUUGA